UCGCUCUGCACAACUCCGGCGUGGUCGAGAGUGUGGGAGCUGGGCUUUUUCUACUACUAUAUUCCUGUGAGGCGCGCCACUCACCCUUGUUCUAUGUUUGUAUAAUACCAAUAAACAAUUGUUAAUCCUCUGCAUAUGCUCACGGCUUGCAUGCCUGACGUGAAACUUCAUGCGGGCUUAUCGUGCGACUGGAGCUUUGAUGGCUUUGAUAGCUUUGAUGGCUUUGAUAGCUUUUAUGGCUUUGAUAAUUUUGAAAACUUUGAGGUCGAGCUCUAUUCAGUGAGACGAAAAUAUCUUGUCCUCCACUUUUCUUGCUUCUCGGCACUUUUCUUUUUGAUCCCCAGGCUUUUCAUUGUGCACUUCUUUUGUCUGGUCUUGUCUACAUCACCUGUCUCAUUCAAGACGCAUUUAAUCCGGUAUAUUGGCAAAGGAUAGUUCAGAGGCCAUUGAUUCGAGUGUGCCCCACAAUCCCAUAAGAAGAACCACACCUGCCCUUUUUCUUUCUCGAUCUAAAAAGUCCCCGGUAUAUUUGAAGGCAGGGAAGUCUUGGUGAAAUACAUUUGGA